AUUGAGACAAGAGUUCUACUGAAAUUUCAUGACAGAGAAGCUUCUAUUGGCCAUUUUCAUGGGCGGCAGAGCAGUUUGUAAUUCUUAAAUAAUGUAGAGUUAAGGUUAGCAUUAGACAGAUGAUGAGUGGGAUGGAAAGUUUUGUGACAAAAGAAGAUUCAAUUAGGGGACUACCAAAGGUAAUUUUACACACCAAGCGAUUGGCAAAACAUCCUGCACCUGCUUCUGAAUUUGUAGAACCAUCCAUGUCCUGCUAUAAGAUUCAAGCUCAAGAGCAUGAAUGAUUCUUUAUAAACUUUGUUGGACCAAGGUCUAAAUGCUAAAGAUAAUGUUACUAUUUAAGUACGAUUUUCAAUCAAAAUCUAUCACUAUAUCAAGAAAUGGAAGGAGUACUGAUUUCACACCAAAAGCAAAAAGAUACAACUUCCAACACUGAAAUAGACACUCAAAUAUAUUCACUACAUGACUAAAAUGUAUAUUCAAACACACCCCACCUUGUGUUAAUUCCACUGUUGUAACUCACAACAUCUAAAUCAAGUUCAAUAAGAAGCUAAAAAUAGCUAAUUUGGGCCAAGAUCUCACUUAUUGUGAUACAAAAUUGAACGUCAGGCCCAGCCACUGAAGCCAUCUUCUACUACCAACAAAAAAAAGUUUCCAGCAGAAAACUAUAAAUACCACAAACUCAUUCUUCAGUCUCUUAUUUCCCUCUAACGCAUUUGAGAAAACCUAGAAAAAAUGCAUCGCAAACCACUCCAAAUCUUUGUCCAAUCACCGCACCUCCAACAAUUCCGUCAUGAAUUUGUUACUGGCAAUCAAACCCUUGCUGACCUGAAACGCCCUCUCUUCCCGGAAUCACACCACCUAUCCUCCUUCUACUUCACCCUCAAUGGCAAACCCCUCCCUGAGGAAACCCCUCUUUCGGCCCUCCGAAUCGCCCCUCUCUCCACCCUCUUCCUCCGGUCCCGCCUCCGUGGUGGUGACGCAAGCCGUCGCAAUUGCUACCCGAACAAAUCCGCGGAGGAGAAGCCGGACAAGGUGGACCCCAGCAGUAAGGAGAGGCUGUCUAAGUGGCUGAACUGCGCGCUCUCGAACGAGCCCUUGAGGGAACCCUGCGUGAUCGACAAGCUCGGGAAUGUCUUCAACAAGGAAGCCCUUGUUGGGGGUUUGAUCGGGAACAAGCUCCCAGAGGAGUUUGGGCACAUCAAGGGUUUGGAGGACGUGAUCGCGAUUCGGCUUUCUUCGAUUCCCGGGGCUGAAUAUGGGGCUAGGUUUCAGUGCCCUGUUUCUGGACUCGAGUUCAAUGGAACGUAUAAAGUUUUCGCUCUGAGGACUUGUGGGCACGUUCUUAGUGAAAAGGCUUUGAAGGAGGAUCGGUCGUCGAGUUGUUUGGUUUGCCGUGAGGAUUAUGCGGAGGAUGAUAAGGUUGUGAUCAAUUGGAAUGAAGAUGAGGAGGCUGUUUUGAGGGAGAGUAUGGGGAAGGAGGAGGAGAAGAACAGGAUUCAGGAUGAGGGAGGGGAAAAACAGGUUGCACUUGUUGAUGCCCUCACAUCAAUCCAUACUCACGCAGAACACAGAACCAAAAGACGAAAAGUUGAAACGACUGAGGCAAUUGAGGAAUCUACUUUGAGACAAAAUUCAGAGGUCUCUGUGGAGAAUGUAUGCGCACAUCCUGGGUCAUUUGGCAGUUUGUGUAUACGUUGUGGGCAAAAGUUAGAUGAGGAAUAUGGCGUAUCAUUUGGAUACAUACAUAAGGGAUUGAGACUUCAUGAUGAGGAAAUUUCUAGAUUGCGGAAUAAAGACAUGAAGAAUUUGUUGUGUCAGAAAAAGCUUUACUUGGUUCUUGAUCUCGAUAACACAUUAUUAAAUUCCACUCGCCUUGGUAGUUUGAGCUCAGAAGAGUUGCACUUACUUACCCAGACAGAUUCUCAAGAAGAUAUCUCCAAUGGUAGUCUCUUCAAAUUGGAGUGUGUGGAAAGGAUGACCAAGUUAAGGCCUUUUGUCCGAACAUUUCUAAAAGAAGCUAGCAAGAUGUUCGAGAUGUACAUAUACACCAUGGCUAGUCGACGGUAUGCACUAGAGGUGGUUAAGCUCCUUGAUCCUCAAGGCGAAUACUUCAAUGAUAAGGUGAUUUCUCGAUAUGAUGGGACUCAAAAGCAUCAGAAAGGUCUUGAUGUUGUGCUGGGGCCAGAAAGCGCCAUCCUAAUUCUUGAUGACACGCACCGUGUCUGGACGAAGCAUCAAGAUAAUUUGAUAAUGAUCAAAAGAUACCAUUAUUUUGCUUCGGAUUUGAAGCAUUUUGGUUUCAGUUGCAAAUCCCUUGCAGAAAUGAAGGUUGAUGAACAAGAAACUACAGGAGUACUUGCAAGAAUGCUCAACGUGCUCAAGCAAGUCCACUUCACAUUCUUUGACAAACUUGAAGAAGAUUAUGUUGAUCGAGAUGUCCGGAAGGUUGUGUCAUCACUUCGAAGUGAAGUCUUAAGCGGGUGUGUGAUCGUUUUCUUCCGUACUAAGCCUGCACCAUUACCAUUUCUCCAGGAGAUUGCAAUGCAGAUGGGAGCCACUUGUAUGGAGAAACUUGACCCCUCAGUCACACAUGUAGUUUCUACUAAGGCUAGAACUGAGAAGUUCCAGUGGGCUGAGAAAGAAAAUAAGUUCUUGGUUCAUCCUCAAUGGAUAUAUGAUGCUUAUUGUUUUUGGCAAAAGCCACCUGAGACGAACUACAUUUGCAAAAACAUUGAUAGGGAAAGGAAGAAAACAGGGCCAGACACCACCACAGAGGGUGGUGCGACAACCAUUACUGCCAGUGAUUCAGCCGCACAGCCAAGGGAACUUAGGCAGGAGGGGCUCCAAACUGCUACAGCAGUUAUGGACAGUUUGUAACUGGAUCAGUUAUGGGUAGUUAGUUAGUAAUUGGGCCAGUUUGGGUUAGUUACUAAAUACUAAUAGUUAGUUCCAUCAGUUAUGUAGUUCUGUUUAAAACCAGGUUUAACGUUAGCUUAUAAGUUACAGAAUUGAUUCUGAUGUAAUAGAAGUUAAAAACCAAAGUCUUAUAGGAUGGAAAUAAAGGCUGCUUAGCAUUAGACAAAUGAUGAAUGGGUGAGAAAGGUAUACCCAGACCGAGAUGGAUUUGCUUGUGUUAAGGUUAAGAUUGUUGAAUGCAAAAUAAGG